GCAAGGGGUCAAGAGGGCAACUGGGAUGACCUGGAAGUGGUAGUGCUAAGGAAAAGGCCCUUCCUGAAUCUGUGUGACUUGGGUGGAGGAAAGAAGGGGUAGAAAUUAGUGCAGGUUGUACCUUCUGACAAAGUUGGUUGCAGAUAGGUUAGUGCAGGUUGCCAUUGGUGUUCUGCCCUUUCCAGCCAUCCCACCCACCACAGGGAACCAGGAUUUUCUUGGGGAUCCCAAUUCUUAGGAGAAUUUGGUGAAAUGGGAUAGUGGGGUACAAUGAUGGGAACUUGGUGUAGGAGAGCUUUUCAGUCCCUGGGUACAAAUCUCUCCUUUCUGCCUGCCCCCCGCCCCGCACCUCCACCUCUUUUCCUGAUUCUCCCUUGUACAAUUAAUCUCUCUAUUUCUCUCAUCUGGGAAAUUUUUCUCUCCACUGUCAGGACUGCUGCCCAGAUUUCUGGGACUUACAUUCUACUUUUUUUGAGCCCUGCUGUGUGCUUACCCCUAUACUUGGGGUUGGAUGGAGGGGUGAGACACAGAUCUGUCCUCAGGACCUCUAUGGUCAGUCUAGAAGAUGCCUUACCCACAGGAGUGAGCAGAACUGUUAUUGAGCUUAUAGGAAGUAGUAACACUGCCGUAGGUGAUGUCUCAGAGGAGGGAGAGAUGCUUAUCGUCUGGGGUGGACAGGGCAGACUUUCUGGAGGAGAUGGCAUUUGGCCUAUCCAAGGAGGAAGAGUCUUGGGUAGGCAUUCAAAGGGCAGUCCUUGAAGGGGAAAGGGCUCUGUGAAUGUCAGACAGCAUAGGCUAAUGUGCAAAGGAGAAGGCUAACCCUGGGGGCAGUUGGCUUUCAACUUGACAUUCCCCUCACCCUAGUAUGGGCUGGAAUAGUUAGUGAAGACCAUGUUAUGCACCAGUGGUUUGGGGUUUUGGUGUUGGGUGUGUGAGCACUGGGAGAGGGGCGUGGAGAGGUACUCCCUGGUUGCUUCCAGCUGACUGACUGCUGAGGCCUUAUCUCUAGUUUGCAGGGCCUUGCAGGAGGGCCCUGGAAAGUGCCUUCUGGCAGUGACCCAUUCCCCUUCCCCCUCUUGUUUUUGGUCGGAUUUGUUGCCUCUUGUUAAAGAGACAGGCUGCUUGCUGGAGGUCAUUUGGAGUUCAGGGCUGAAGGGCCAGCUUUGAGCUGACUUGUGGGUCCUGCUGAGCUCAGGAGCUGCACGGAAUGGUGGCAGUCACCUUGCCAGUGCAGCAGGCAUGGAUCAGACUGCAAGCUAGGGGCACAAGGCAUCAGUUGGGAAGAGGGGAUGCACAGCUAGGCUUGAGGCCUCUUCAUCGGGAUGUCCCCAGCCCAGGCCCAGCAUAAAGGCCGUGUUGGGGGGCCCCCCUGACCCAAGGGGGGCUUCAUGCGCCACGUGCAGGCGGAGCCGUCUCCAUCCUCAGAGCCAGAGGCUGGCCCUUCACAGCCUCCAGUCAGGCAGGGGACCCUCCAGGGUGGCCUGCUCAUGGGCUACAGCCCAGCAGGGGGGGCGACAUCCCCCGGGGUCUACCAGGUAUCCAUCUUUUCCCCUCCGGCUGGUACCUCUGAGCCUCAUAGGGCCCUGAAACGACAGGCCCCACCCACUGAGGGUCCCCGGGAGCUGAAGAGAGGCCCUGGGCUGGGGGCCAGAGAGGGACUACCCCCUGAAGAACCAUCUACUGUGGGGCCCUUGGGCCCAGAGGGACUGGGGCUGGGACUAGGUGUGGCCAGCCAGCAUUUCUCCCACCGUGGCCUCUGUGUUGUGGAACAGAGAAGUAGUGUCACCUCAUCUUGGACUUCAGGGGCCUGGAGUCCCCCCUGCCCCCCAUCAAAUGCUUCCUGCAAUACUUUGCACACCAGAGACUGGGCCUCCCCAGAUCCAGGGGGACAGGGGUCCCUGGGGGAGUCCCCAGGGCCAGCCCCUCCAGGCCAGCUGCACACACUUGACACUGAUUUGCACAGUCUUGCACAAAUAGGGGGUAAGAGCCCAGUGGCUGGGGUGGGCAAUGGGGGUAGCCUCUGGCCUAGGGAGUCCCCUGGCACUGCCAAUGGGCACAGUCCCGAGCACACACCCCCUGGCCCUGGACCUCCAGGCCCCUGCCCCACCAAGCGAAGGCUGCUUCCUGCUGGAGAAGCCCCAGAUGUCAGCUCUGAGGAAGAGGGGCCAGCCCCCCGGAGGCGCCGGGGAUCCCUGGGCCACCCUACUGCUGCCAACAGUUCUGAUGCCAAAGCCACAUCCUUCUGGAGCCACCUGCUGCCUGGGCCCAAAGAGCCUGUUUUGGACCCAACAGACUGCAGUCCCAUGGGGCGGAGGCUGAAAGGAGCCCGUCGCCUGAAGCUGAGCCCCCUUCGAAGCCUCCGGAAGGGGCCAGGCCUGCUGAGACCCCCCAGUGCCUCCCCUGUUCCUACCCCUGCUGUCAGCCGUACCCUGCUGGGCAACUUUGAGGAAUCAUUGCUGCGAGGACGUUUUGCACCAUCUGGCCACAUUGAGGGCUUCACAGCAGAAAUUGGAGCUAGUGGGUCAUACUGCCCCCAGCAUGUCACGCUGCCUGUCACUGUCACAUUCUUUGAUGUUUCUGAGCAAAAUGCCCCGGCUCCCUUCCUGGGCAUCGUGGAUCUGAACCCCCUGGGGAGGAAGGGUUACAGCGUGCCCAAGGUGGGCACCGUCCAAGUGACCUUAUUUAACCCCAACCAGACUGUGGUAAAGAUGUUCCUCGUGACCUUUGACUUCUCGGACAUGCCUGCUGCCCACAUGACCUUCCUACGCCAUCGCCUCUUUUUGGUGCCUGUGGGUGAGGAGGGAAAUGCUAACCCCACCCACCGCCUCCUCUGCUACUUGCUGCACCUCAGGUUCCGGAGCUCCCGCUCAGGCCGCUUAAGCCUGCAUGGAGAUAUCCGCCUGCUUUUUUCCCGCCGGAGCCUGGAGCUGGACACAGGGCUCCCUUACGAACUGCAGGCUGUGACCGAGGCCCCUCAUAAUCCACGUUAUUCACCUUUGCCCUGAUUGCCAGCACUCUGAAUCCAUGCGGCCUAACGACCUGCCCAUCCUGCUCCAUCUUAGAGAACAUAUAUGGAGAGACAGCAAGAGACCCUUCAGGCUUGAAUUAAAGCCCUCACCAUGCUCUUGCCCAAAUGGAUUAUUUGGGUGUUUAAAGCUUCUGAUCCUUACUACACCCUGCCCUACUCGGGUACUCCAUGUGCCUGUCCCCUCCCUUGGGUUUCCCAGGCCAGCUUAGGUAGGGAGGAACCGGAGCUACCCUGAGGUUGUCCCAAGUUCCCAGGCAAGUUAUGCCAGCGUUGCCUCCCAGUCCUGGGCAGGGGCCACUUAUUAUUUUAUUUAUUUUUAAUUUAUAAUUUAUUCAAAUUGGAUUGCCUUGGUAACCUCCCACACCUGAUAAUUGGCAUCACUCCCCCCCCUUCCCACUCUCAGAUAUUGCUCCAACCUCAAGAGUUGAAGAGGCUUAUGCCAGGGGCAGGAGGAGAACUGCUCUCCCUCAGCUGAGGGAAGAGGGGCUAUUCCAGAGGGACUGAGUCAGUAGCCAAAGACUCAGCUUUCCCUGUCCUUCCCCUAGUCCCUUCACUUCCCCUACCCUCUGACCUAUCUCUGAAAGCCAAGUUAUGCGUUUGUGUGUGUACACAAGCUUGUCUUUGUGUGGUGUGUGUGUGUGAGAGAGUGUACAUGUAUGCACACACACAGGGGUUAACCACCCCUCACCUAGGGCUCCAGACUCCAGUUGUCCCUCUCCUCCUGCCUGUGUCUCCUUGCUUUGGGGUCCUGACUGAAGAAGGUGUCCAGGGGGCAGAGUCAGGGCCAAGCACUGGGGUGCCUCCACUCACCUGGCCAGACUCUGACCCACCUACCUCAGCUGGGGUGAGGGGCACCCCUCAAACUCAGUCAUGUGGUUCCAAACUACCCCAUUCCCCACUCCAGACUCUGACCCUGCCUCAGUCCUAACUCCUGAGGCUGGGCUGAGGGGAACAAGCAUUUGCUGAAACUUGAAAAAACAAAGCAAAUCAGAAACAGGAAAAAAUUGUACCUGGUAAUUUUUUUUAGAAAAAAAAAGAUUAAAAAAGAAAGAAUAAAUUCUUGUUUGGAAACUUGAA